AUGCCACGCGCUUCCGGACCAGUAACUCGUUCCCAAACCCGCCUCACACAGGCCAAGGAGGACCCGACAGCGUCUCAAGACCCCGACGAGGAGUCACUCCCUGCGGCACCCAAGUUCACCGAGGAGCUACAGUCCGUCCUGAUUGAUUUGGGGGACGAUGAUCCGGUAUUGGGGCGGGAUGCAAAGGAGCUCCGGGACGCUACCGCUACGGCUGUGACGGAGGUUUGGCAUGAUGCGCACCUUUCCACGGAAUCGUUGGCUCAACAGAUCUCAGCCAACAAUGUCAGCUUGCUCCGCGAACUGAACACCUCGUUCGCGGCGGUUGGGGAACGCGUCCAGGCGCAACCCAUUCUAGCAUCCUGUUUCCCCGAUGGAGCUUUUCCUAAGCUACAACUUUUCACUGGCAGUAGUGAUUCCCCACAGUUCUCUCUUUGGCUCCGCCGCUUCGAGGACGUCUUACGCAUGCGUGGAACCCCUUUAACUGAAGAGCAAAAAGCCAACUUCUUGAUAGGAUAUCUAGACGGGGCGGCACGCGAAAAAGUAGAUGAACUGCCAGAAAUCCAGCGCAAAAGCUACAACACCCUGGUAACCCACUUGCGGUCAUUUUUCGAAAGUCCACAGCAAAGGCACCUGGCUCGCCAAGCUCUCUCCACGUGUCAGCAAGGACUAUCCGAGUCAACCACAGCCUUCGCGGACCGCCUUCGCAACCUGGUAAGGGCUGCUACCACGGGGCAGGACCCCAACGCCCAGAAAGAACGUAUACUGGAGGAGUACCUGGCACGCCUGCGAGGUGACAUCCGCUAUUUCGUGCGCUUAGACAAUCCUACCACCUUCGAGCAGGCGGUCGAGCGCGCUCAGAUGGUCGAGCAGCUUCUUGCAGAGGCUGCUGUUGACCGCCUAAUGCACCCCGCCACUCAUACCGACAACCAACAGGUUCAGGCCCUGUCCGCACAGGUAGCCCGCAUGGAUUUGGAACCUAACCGGCGUCCACGUUUUCGCACCCCACAGGGGCAAUAUACCAACCGAUUCGCCUCGCGACAGCAAAGGGUUAAUAAGCCCAGAGGGACUCCGCGUCCACCACAACAGUACGGCCCUAAUAACCGAUGUUUCAACUGUGGAGGGCGCGGUCACUUUUCGCGACAAUGCCCUUCUCCACGCAAUAUGAAUCCGUCGCAGAACACACCCUUCCGUCCCACGAGGCAACCGGGAGCAAACAUGAUGACUUUUCUGAAUUCAACACCUCCUCCUUCCGACGCCGAUCAGAACCCCGCAUUGCCCCCAGAUAGUGACCACACCGACGCUCAAACAGAAAUCUCCAACGCCCGCGCUCGAAUUGCUGCACUGCUUAAACGCAACCAGGAAUUGUCGCAUUCCAUGUUCCACCAUCAAACUUCCUCCUCUGUUCUUCAUUCACCAUCUCUUUCUAUGUUGACUCCUGGAAUUCUUAUGCUUCUUUGUGUGGUGACUUUCUCAGCCGGAUCUGCCCAAGCAUCUACGGCAUGGUUGUGCCCUCGCAACCAUAGAGAUCGGAUCAUGCACAUACCACUCUCAUACAAUUGUUCUACUAUCCUACCACCUUUCAAGGCCACGUUUGAGAGCCUUUCUGUUAACAUUUUUCGUCCCAAUACAAAACGAUAUUCCUCCCCAGCAUUCUGGUGUAAAAUAGUAACGUCGUCAGCAUCUUUCUCAGUUAAUUUCUUCGGCGCUCGCUCUAUCGUCCAUUCUGAAACAGUCCAAACAGUAACUAUCGAGCAGUGCCGUGUAAUGUCCACCCAUUACCGCUGCGACCACGGAAACAUGAUCAAUCGCGAGGGUUCGUGGCGCACGCUUAAUGAGUUAGUAAUAGAGUGGCCUUCCGCUCCCUUCGGCUGCUGUACCCAGCACAAGGUAACCGUCACAAAUUGUCUCCUUUUCCCUACCACGGUAUAUGCCCAACAUGGAGAUGACCACCCGGAUUCCCUGGCAGGUGACAUGAGCGCAUGCGUAUACCACGCUGGUUCCUGUACGCUUCCUGACGGGUCAGCCAUCAUUUGGACUCCUCAAGCUGAAGAGCGUUGUCAAUUUAUCCCGGUAGGCAAGAUGCGAGGCCAACGGGUCGGCCACGUUUGGCUCAGCGAUUCCCGAGAAUUCGCCCUGUCAUGGACUCAAUCCUCGGAACAUCUCUUCGACUGCGGGAAGUCACUGUUGCUCACUGACCAGGGCUACGCCAUAACUGCACCCAGGCGUUCUGCUCGAUCCCUCGUUCCACCGGUAGGUAUCGUGACAUCCAACCAGCUAGCCGCCCAAUUGCUCGCAGUGGAAGGUUCCGCGAAGGCAUCUGUGUUCUCACUAUUCAGACAUACCAUCUCAGCCCUGUGUGACCGAGUCAACCUUUUGGGCCUUUCGAUCCAGACAGCACUCGCGGCCCAACCUACUGUUGUAGCACGUCGCCUAUUCGGCCGCACCGAUAUCGCAGCGUCUUACUUGGGCAAUGGCCUCAUACAGAUACACAAGUGCAUGGCGGUUCCAUCUUCUAGUUGGAGUUUUCUCGGAUUCAACGACACGUGCUUCGCUCGCCCUCUGGUCGACAUACGUCUUCCAUCCGGNACAUGGACGUCGACACGGCCGUCUUGGAAGAAAAGGCUAAUGAAGUGCCAUGUUAUUCCGUUCCGUACUUCUACAUCUUCGACGGGACUCAAGCGGUUCGGCUGGAUGCGUUUUCCGGUACGUGUUCCCCGGCAUCGUACGAAACGUUUCGUCUCAACUCAAUGA